GCCGAGUCCUCUUACCAAGCCGGCCGGUUCACUUGUGACUGUGAUCUCCUCCCGUCCGGGUCGAGGGAGGAAAAACCAGAUAAAUAAAAAAAUACAAACAAAAUAAGAAGAAGAUCGACUAGUUGUUUAGCCGAUGUGAAUUGUCAGUGGUUGCACCGGCCAAGACCACGUUCCCAAGCGUGCGCGGGGAGGAGAAAGACACAGAGAGAGAUGAAAUCCCAAAUCCGUAUCGUAUUCCCUCGCGUCGCUGGAUCGACAUGCAGAUGUAUAAGAAUGUCCGUGUCACCCUCGGCUCCCCUCGAGCAAUCGCUUUUCAAUUUCUUUGUGUCAAUUGAAUCAAACCAAUUGACCUGACGGUUUGGAUUAUUGCAUUGGUUUGUUGUCCCGUUGGCUGGCCUUCGACCCUUCCCCUCAUCCCUGUCUGGCGUACCCCCUUCCUUGCCAUUCUCCUCAUUCCCCUUUCCCUUCUCCUCACCCCUAAUUUGGUGGUCGCCCUUAGUGCUCUCAAUACUCUCUUCCAAGGCACAUCGGUUGACUUGUUCGCGUUCCAGAUCAUGCGAGCCUCCUUCCUAGGCCUCGUUGGCCUUCUCCCCGUGGCCUAUGCCCAAUGUCCCUACAUGGCGGCGCGCGACACCCCUGGCAGUGGCGCCGCCGGAGAUACCGAGGAAUUCCUGUCGCAAUACUACCUGGACGACAGCGAUAGCUUCAUGACCUCCGACGCCGGGGGACCCAUUGCCGACCAGGACAGCCUUCAGGUCGGUGAUCGGGGUCCGACCCUGCUGGAGGAUUUUAUCUUCCGCCAGAAGAUCCAGCGAUUCGACCAUGAGCGGGUCCCAGAACGCGCCGUCCACGCCCGCGGAGCCGGCGCCCACGGUGUCUUUACGUCGUACGGGGACUACUCCAACAUCACGGCAGCUUCGUUCCUCAGCAAAGAGGGCAAAGAGACCCCCGUCUUCCUGCGCUUCUCCACCGUCGCUGGCAGCCGCGGCAGUUCCGAUCUCGCUCGCGAUGUCCACGGCUUCGCGACCCGCUUCUAUACCGACGAAGGAAACUUCGACCUGGUGGGAAACAAUAUCCCCGUCUUCUUCAUCCAAGACGCCAUCCUUUUCCCGGAUCUGAUUCACGCCGUCAAGCCGCGCGGAGACAAUGAGAUCCCGCAGGCUGCCACGGCGCACGACUCCGCCUGGGACUUCUUCUCUCGCCAGCCUAGCACCAUGCAUACGCUGUUCUGGGCCAUGGCCGGCCACGGUAUCCCCCGGUCGUUCCGCCAUGUGGAUGGAUUCGGUGUGCAUACCUUCCGCUUUGUCACCGACAAGGGCGAGUCCAAGCUGGUCAAGUUCCACUGGAAGUCGUUGACCGGCAAGGCGAGCAUGGUCUGGGAAGAGGCACAGCAGGUGUCGGGCAAGAAUGGCGAUUUCAUGCGCCAGGAUCUGUUUGAGAGCAUUGAGGCGGGUCGGUUUCCCGAGUGGGAGCUCGGUGUCCAAGUCAUGGACGAGGAGGAUCAGCUUCGCUUCGGGUUCGACCUGUUCGAUCCCACCAAGAUCGUGCCCGAAGAGCUCGUCCCCAUCACGAAGGUGGGCAAGAUGACGCUCAACCGCAACCCGCGCAAUUACUUUGCUGAAACCGAGCAAGUUAUGUUCCAACCCGGCCACCUCGUCCGCGGAAUCGACUUCACCGAGGAUCCCCUCCUGCAAGGCCGUCUCUUCUCCUACCUGGACACGCAACUCAACCGCAAUGGCGGCCCCAACUUCGAGCAGCUGCCCAUCAACCAGCCGCGUGUGCCCAUCCACAACAACAACCGCGAUGGUGCCGGCCAGAUGUUCAUCCCGCUGAACCCCCACGCCUACAGCCCCAGCGAGGGCGCCCCCCAGCAGGCCAACCAAACCGCCGGCAAGGGCUUCUUCACGGCGCCACGCCGUACCGCCAAGGGCGCCUUCACGCGGUCCGUGUCGCCCUCCUUCGCCGACGUCUGGUCGCAGCCGCGCCUCUUCUUCAACUCGCUCGUCCCCGCCGAGCAGCAGUUCAUCAUCAACGCGAUGAGCUUCGAAACCUCCAACGUCAAGAGCUCUGUCGUCAAGCAAAACGUCAUCAUGCAGCUCAACCGCGUCAGCAACGACGUCGCCUGCGCCGUCGCCCGCGCCAUCGGCGUCGCCGAACCCAAGCCGGAUCCAACCUACUACCACGACAACACCACCAUCAACGUCGGCGCCUUCGGCCACAAGCUCCUCAAACUCGACGGCCUCAAGGUCGGUGUCCUGGCCUCCACCUCCGUCCCGGAAAGCACCUCCUCCGCCAAGACUCUCGCCGACCAGCUCGCCCGCCUCAACGUCGACGUCGUUGUCGUUGCGGAGCACCUCGCCGACGGCAUCGACCAAACCUACGCUGCCUCUGACGCCAUCCAAUUCGACGCGGUCAUCGUCGCCCCAGGCGUCGCCGACCUGUUCACCCAGCGCUCUCUCAUCAAACCCACCGCCUCGUACCCCGCUGGCCGCCCCCUCCAAAUCCUCGUCGACGCCUUCCGCUUCGGCAAAACCGUCGGUGCCCUCGGCGCGGGAGACUCCGCCCUCAAAGACGCAGGUAUCGCCUCCGACCGUCCGGGCGUCGUCGUCGCCAAGGACGCCGGCAAGGGCUUCGUAGAUAGUCUCACUGAUUCCCUGACGAAGUUCAAGUUCUUGGAUCGGUUUGCUACGGGUGCUUAGAUUUUCUUUUGACUCGUUUUUUUUUCUGUUAUUUCUUUUUUUUU